AUGAGCCUCGGGGGCAGCCAGGCUGCCUUGCCUGUCCUGCCCUGUCUUCCCUUCCUCUCCCCCUCCUUCUUCCAUCUAAAAAUGGGAGAGACGAGCCAGGCCUCCGGACCGGAGCUGCCUUCCUCCCCUCCUCCUCCUCCUCCUCCCUCCCCCCUCUCCGGCUGCAGCCUCGCCCCGACGGUCAGGAAAGGGACCCCGCAGCCCGGCGGGGACAUCACUGGGCACCUCACCUUCCCCCUGCUGUCAGUCACCCUCCUGGUGUCCUUUGGCUCCUCCAUGCUCUAUGGCUACAACCUGGCUGUGGUGAACUCACCGGCAGCGCACAUAAAGGCUUUCUACAAUGCCACGUGGUCCCGGCGGUAUGGGCACGGACUGGCCCCCGGCCCCCUGACCCUCCUCUACUCCCUGACCGUCUCUAUCUUCGCCCUGGGUGGGCUGGUGGGCUCCUUACUGGUGGGGGUGCUGGUGGAGCGGUACGGCAGGAACGGCGCGCUGAGCCGCAGCGCUCUCCUCAUCCUCCUGGCCGGUGGCUUCAUGGGCUUCAGCCAGGAGCUGGGCUCCCCCGAGAUGCUGAUCAUCGGCCGCUCCAUCACGGGGCUCCACUCAGGUAUCUGUCUCAGCGUGGUGCCCCUCUACCUGGGAGAAAUCACCCCCAAGAACCUGCGGGGUUUCCUGGGCCUCAUGCCCAGCAUCUUCAUCUGCCUGGGGGUUUUCUUCGCGCAGGUCCUGGGCCUCCCGGAGCUGCUGGGUGAGGACAGGUUCUGGCCCCUUUUCCUGUCAGUGGUGGUUGUUCCCGCCUCCCUCCAGCUCCUGCUGCUGCACUGCUUCCCGGAGAGCCCGCGGUACUUGCUGAUAGAGAGGAACGACGUCUGCGGGGCCACCAAGGCGCUGCGCCGGUUCCUGGGGACACCUGACGUGCAGGAUGUGAUCGAGGAGAUGAAGGAGGAGCAGUGGUCGCUCUCCUCCGUGGAGAUGGUCUCCGUCUGGCAGCUGCUGCAGGACCGCUUCGUCCGCUGGCAAACCCUCUCGGUGGUGGUGGUGAAUGCCGGCAUGCAACUCUCGGGGAUCGAUGCUAUCUGGUUUUACACCAACACCAUCUUCGAGAACGCUGGGAUUCCUGUAUCCCAGAUCCCCUACACCACUGUGGGCACCGGCGCCAUUGAAGUUGUUGCUGGGCUGAUCGGGUGCUUCACCAUCGAGAAGCUGGGCCGGCGGCCCCUCAUCAUCACUGGCUUCUGCGCCAUGGGCAUCUGCUCGGCUGGCAUCACCAUCUCCCUGCUGCUGCAGACCACCCUGCCCUGGAUGCGCUACGUCAGCGUCGCCUGUGUGGUCGGCAUCAUCGCCGGCUUCUGCAUGGGACCAGCCGGCAUCCCCUUCCUGAUGACAGCUGAGCUCUUCAUGCAGUCACACCGCCCGGCCGCCUACAUCGUGGGGGGGUCCCUCAACUGGCUCUGCAACUUCACUGUUGGCUUCGUCUUCCCCUUCUUGCAGAUGUCAGCCGGUGCCUUUUGCUACCUGGUUUUCUGCGGCGUCUGCCUGCUAGUGGCCCUGUACGUCUACCUCGUCAUCCCUGAGACUAAGAACAAAACCUUCAUGGAGAUCAGCCACAUCUUUGCAACCCGCCACUCCUUAGUCUCCAUCCCAGCCCACCUCAUCGGGAUGAUGAAGCUCGAUGGCUACGGGGCCUUGGAGAGCAGCUCUCUGGAGGGCUCGGGCUCCAGCCUGCCCUGA